AACAUGAGCCACAACAGCAACAGCAACAGCAACAGCGAACAGCAAACAGCAGCAAAGCACGCCAACGCUUCUCAUAAUACUACUCAUCACCGUCCCACCGAGUGAGGUUAGUUAAAAAAUAAAGCCAGCAAUCCUUCCCCUGUUUCAUUUCCCUUUCACUUUCCCGGAGAAGGAGAAGAGAGAGGAAUGCGAGUGAAUUUAGGGCUGGGGCUGGUCUGCUCCGUCGUCGACCCGAGGCCGAUCCGUCGCUCCACUGGCCGAUCUGCGGUGCAGUAAAUGCGCCAGAUCCACGCGUCCCUUCCUGCAUUCUUCCGCCGCUGAAGCCUCCCCCGGUCUGGAGGCCUCAAUCCCUUCGUGAUUCGGGAUCGUAGUUGCGCUUUGAUUCUGUGCGGAUACCGGCCUUGACUCGGGAGUUCGGUGAGUCAAAGUUCCGAGUUUGUGGUCGGCGGUGGCUUUUGCUCCGUCAGUGAGCUCGGUUUGGCCGUACUGAGGCGCAGUUCUGGUCGAAUUAGAGUUCAAUUGGACGGUGUAGUGCCGGCUGUGAUCCCAUUGUUGCCGAGUCCGAGGUUUCUGGUUUAGCUAGGGAUAUCAGUGGGUUGGCGGUUGAGGUUGCACAUUUGGUGCUUCACUUGUUUCUAGAGACUACUGUUGGUUGCCCAUUGUAUCUCGAUUCUGAAGUUCUGCUCAGUCGAGAAGCUGUCGGACCAUCAGCUCGGUUCUGCAGUGAAUUUGAUAUUUGGUUGAUUUCCGUUGAGUGGUUGACGAUGAAUCUUGGCUAAUUUGAGUCGUUUUGGGACUCUGCACGGACUUAUGCUAUGGGAUGCGGGUGCUGCUAUAAUAUUUCUGUCACAUUGAGUUGCUUGGGGAGGUUGCGGGGGUAAAAUAUCUGGUGGUUGAAUUUCGUCUCCAGCAAUGCCGCCGUCUCCAGCUUCAAGACGAUCUCCCAGCAGGGAGAUGAGAGUGGAAAAUCAUAAGCGAGGGCGUAGCCUUGAAGGUGGACUGCUCCUCCAGGAGAAGGACGAUGACCUUGCUCUGUUUAAUGAAAUGCAAGCACGUGAAAGAGAGAACUUCUUGGUUCAAUCAUCAGAUGAUUUUGAAGACGCUUUCUCAUCAAAGCUGAGACACUUUGCAGAUCAUAAGAUUGGAAUAUCCAUUCCAGCUCGAGGGGAGAGCAGCGAUCUUCUCAACAUAGAUGGGGAGAAAAAUGACUACGAGUGGUUAAUGACUCCUCCGGACACCCCACUCUUUCCCUCAUUGGAUGAUGAACCUGCACCAGCUAACGUACCAUCCAGAGGCAGGACGCGGAGCCAACCCAUUGCUAUAUCAAGAUCAUCCACAAUGGAGAGAAGUCAAAGAAGCAGCAGAGGCAGUGCUAGUCCAAGUCGCUCAAGCCCAUCUCCUCGGUCCGGUAGCAGAAUGGGCCUAUCACGGGCAAAGCCAUCUUCUGCACCUCAUACCAGUCCAAUUUCUAGCAUACGAAGUGCUACUCCAACUAGGAGAGUGUCUCCUCCACCAAGUAAACCCUCAACCCCUGCCCCAAGGUCUGCUAGUCCAACUCCUCGGAGGGUGAGCACUGGGUCAAGUGCUUCAGCAGGGACAGGAGUAAGAGGAAUGUCUCCUCAAAAGGCUAGACGGGGGACAUCUGCUUCCCCGAAAAUAAAGGCAUGGCAAGCCAAUAUUCCCGGGUUCUCUUGUGAUGUACCUCCCAAUCUCCGCACUUCUUUGGAUGAUCGAUCUGCAUCAUACACGAGGGGUUCCUCCCCUGCUUCCAGAAAUGGUAGGGAUUCUUCCUCCAAAGUUAACAGGCAGUCAAUGUCCCCCACUGCUACUAGAAGUGUUAGUUCAUCUUAUAGCCACGAUCGAGACUGGUUCAGCUCUCACAGCAAAGGGUCCAUAUCGUCAUCUGCUGAUAACGACGUCGAUUCCCUCCAAUCGGUUACCGUGGGAAGUGUGGACCAAUUGAUUCCAAGAAAAGUCGGAAUGUAUUCAAAUAACAACAGAUCUUUGGCCUACUCCAGAAGAUCGCCGAAGAUGUCAGCUUCUGCUCCGAAGAGAUCAUUUGAUUCAGUCACGCGACAAAUGGAUAAUCGGAAGGCUCCUCAAAAUAUGUUUCGGCCGCUACUGUCAAGUGUACCAAGUACCACCUACUAUGUUGGUAAAUCAAGUACUAAUUCCAUCAUGUCACGGAACUCGUCUGCAACUACUAGCAGCAACACAAGUUCUGAUCAAGGAACAGGUUUCCUACCUGAUCCAGAAGGAAAUUACUACAGCCAGGAUGAUAGAAUUGGGGAAUCUGGGAAGAUGCUGUGUCAUGAUAUUGAAGAAGAAGUUUUUUCAUUUGAUAAAGAUGGAGAAGAGUUAGGAUGUGAACUAUAUGGUGACAUUGAUAGGAGCCACUUGACUGAGGGUCAUCCUGUUGACUCUGACGAUAUAGAAGUUAGUGCCUCUCAUGAACCUUCUCAAGUCGACAAUGAUAUUUCUGAGGUUGAUGAUCUUGGAAGUACGGUGUUAUGCUCUCUUUGUAGUUGCAGUUUUGAUGCAACCGAUCUCGCGGAAAUGGAACUAAAACUUUGCCCAGAAUGCAGAUUGAAGGGAAAUUUUCUUGAUGCCAUUACCCCAGAGACAUUAGCAGUAGCUGCUGAUAAACCUCCAGUUACGUCCACUAGCACACCAGAAGAAUGUAGAGAUCUGGACUCUUUAGCAGCAGUUGUUUCUGGAUCCCUUCAAGUUGCAGAAAUGGAUGAGUUGAAGGGUAAUAGGACCCAGUCAUGGGAUGACUCUCCUUUGGUGUCCCAUGUGGAAGUGCAAGAGGAGAAUGUUGCGAACGGUGAAGGUGAAGAACCCACAGGCGGACGCAGCCCACCUGGGGGAGGCACCGGCAGUCAAGAGUCGGAACAUUUCUAUGACCAUCCUAAUACUAAGAUCACUACAGCAGAAGGAGCGGGCAUUUCUGUACUGUUGAAGAGAUCAAGCAGUACCAAGGGGCUUGUUGUCCAAGGAAGGGCUUGUACUGCAGUGACCAUUCUUCCUUAUGAUGAUCUGUCCUAUGCACGAGAGACUACCACCAGCAUCAGAAGCUCCAUUGGGCAUGGGAGCUUCUCUUCUUCAUCCUCCAUCGAUCCGAGCUCGUCUAGACAGACGGAGACUCGGAUGCAACGGCAGUUCAGUGGCAAGAGAUCUGACAUUGAGAAUUACAGAUAUGAGGUCAAAUCCCAAAGUGUUGGAUCUUCUCACACAGGAAUAUCGAGUCAUUCUCACCAGACAAUGGGGUUGGCAAUGGCCACGUCUGAAGUGAACUUUGAAAGCUCUGUUGGGGAUAUGAAUAACAAUCCCAAUGCGGAGACUGCUGUGGCCUCUGUAGAGCACCUAUCAGGUUUGGAAAUUGUGGGAGCAGAACUUGCAAAUUCGUUGUCUAACCAAUUUGCACUUCUGGAGGAAGAUGAUUCUGAACAUGGUGAAAGUGGAGAGAAAGUAGAUGCUUCUGCCUUGCAGUUGUCUGGUCAUAAUGCUGAUGCUGGGAUGGAAGAUGAUCUGUUGGCAUGUCAUGAUGACUUCCGAGAAACUUCAAAAUUGGAGAACUGUGAGGACUUGCAAGAAAAUGCAAGAAACGAGACUGAUCUAAAAGCGUCAACUGCCAUGCAAAAUGCCAUGUCAGAUACCUGUGUCAGCGUCUUGGAUGAGAUGUCUGCUCCUCUGAAGAGGAGCAUCAAUGGCUCUUUGGUUUCAACAUCAGAGAUUGAAGUUCAUGAUUGUCAUCAGGUUGUAUCCAGAUCUGAGGUUGUUGAUAUUUCUCCCGAAUCAAAUGGUAUCAUCGAUGAAUCUCAAGAACCUCUGAAGAAGGAUGCCAGCGCUUCUACUCCUGAGCCUAUUUCCUCCGAUCCUGUCGUUGAUAUCCUAGGGGAAUCUACAGUUACAAUGGAGAGUCAUGGUCGUACAAGGACAAGAAGUCUGACUCUUGAGGAAGCAACCGACACGAUCCUCUUCUGCAGCUCAAUUGUUCACGAUCUUGCCUACGGUGCUGCAACAGUAGCAAUGGAGAAAGAGAAGGAGAAAGAGAGAGAGGCCUUGGAAGCAUUGGAAGGCUUUCGGCCAACUGUCACUAUUGUGGACAAGUCCACUUCUUCUGACAAGAAAGAUCCUCGAAGUGGCAGAAUCAUCAGUAAACGAGGUCUCAAACCCCAUACGAAAGCCCGGCAGAAGCGGAUUGAUUCUGAUAAGAAGUCCCCCUCAAGCAAGCCUGAGAACGACGAGAACAUUGAUGAGUCCUUGACACGCAAUGUCGGUCUACCACAUAAAUUUGACAGCACGAAGCCCCCAAAGCUCGAGUCCAAGUGCAAUUGCACAAUAAUGUGAAUGAAGGUCUUUCGUUCCCUAGAACCUGUACUCCUCACUUUUGCCUGUCUUAUAUAUAUAUGUAAUUGGAAAAGGUUGCCUUAGAUCAUUGUUUGGUUUUCCGUUGGCUCGGUGAUUUAUUUGUAAUGAAGUGGUUGGCGCAUUUAUUCGUGUUCGUGGUGUAAUUGUAAAGCUUUGUUGUUAUCGGUAGGCUGGAGGCAAGCUUGUUCCCUGCGUGAACUGUAGAAGCUUUAGGAUCCACUCACUCAGAUUCAUUAUUCUUGUUGUGAUAUGUAUAUCUCGAUUUGGUUAAAGUAGAUGGCAGUCUCUGUCGAA